GGCCGGAACACGGUCCAAGAUGUGGCUACCGUUGGCGCUGUGUGUGCUGCUGGAGUUUGCCGAAAUCGUUAGUGCGUCGGGCGGGUUGGACGAUGCGCUCGAAGUUACGUUCAGCGAGCGGACCCGAGCCGACUGGGAAAAGGUUUGGCAUCAGGAGAGUCAUUCGCGCUGUCGGGAAAAAUUGAUACGCCAUCUUUAUUGGGCCUGCGAAAAGGAUAUCUAUCGGAUUUCAAGGCGUAGCGGACCGGGAGAUGACAGCAUGUCCAACAUGGGUACGGAAAAGCGUAGCUCGGCGGGACAAAACUUGCUAGAGGAUGCGACGGUGCAGUUCCCGUGGGCAAUUGAUCGUGAGGUGGCUUAUGCGUUUCUGCGAACCCGACGCAACGGAAAGCGACGAUCGGGUGGAUCGAUUACGGCUGAGUGUUGCACACGUACCGGAUGUACCUGGGAGGAGUACGCCGAGUACUGUCCAUCGAACAAACGAUUGAAUCAGUACCGACGAAGGAAAUAA